UUAGCGCACCAACUUUGUUUUGUUUUUUUGGUUUUUUGCAGUUAUUUCAUAAAUUAUUAGCCCAGUGAAAAAAAAAACUUGAUUUUCAUAAUUUCCGUUCCAUUCCAAAUCGAAAUCAUGCAUUUUAAACUAAAUCUAAAAUUUUGCCAAAAAUGAAAAAGUGGGAAGGGUAUAGCCUUCCCACUUUUGUCAAAAUCUGCAAAAAACGACCUCUCUUGGAAUACGAUAAAAAUCACACAGUAUAAUUAAAAUUGAACGCUGAUUUUGAUAAAACUAAUAUGCGCAGAGUGACACUACUACAUUCUGACAACAUGCAGUACAAAUGAUAACACAUUUCUACGGGACAGAGCUAAUCAUAACGUAAAAAGACUUGACUGCGGCACGUUUACAAAAGAAAAAUGCGAUGCAAAAUCUAACUUGUUGUAUUCUCAAAGAACGGUUGAGGGAAAUAAAAAUGGGGAGGAGGGAGGGGUCUUAAGAACUACCAUUCAUUGAGUUCUAUGGUAGACGGAUAUACUGGAGAAUGGGGGUGGUAGACGAAAUGGGAGGUGCACGGUGUGCGGUUGCAAUCGUUCUUUAUUCAACAUAUUUUCGAUGGCAGUUUGUCGGCAUUGGGAUAAGGCAUGCGAACCUGUUCAUUUUUUUAAAAAGUUCCCAAGGUGUACAUCCAAGGAUUAUUUAGACUAUCCCUUGUAAACCUUGUGAUUAGUUCAGUUGGAUUCAAACUCCUGCAGUAGACACAUCAACCCUAGAGCUCGGCUCGUAUCCGUAAACAUAGUCGAUCGUAGUCUCUGAUCUCUUGCGUGUUUCUGGUUCUGUAUUUGCUGCUAAGAAAAAGUGAAAAUGAACCGAAAACGGGAUUCAUGUUUGGUAGAAGGCAGUCGGUUUGAAACACGUGUCUCCGAAAACAGAAAGGUGCGCAAACCAAUGAUGGAGAAGAAGCGACGAGCUCGCAUUAAUCAGAGUCUCAACGAUCUAAAACGGCUUCUAAUGGAAACGGAUAACGUGAAAAAAGAGGGCUCCCGACCAUCUAAACUGGAGAAAGCCGACGUACUUGAACUAACCGUUAACUACGUUCAAAAACUCCACAAGGAACGGCUUGCAUUGCGGAAUGGCCUGGGCGAACACGGCACCAGCUUUUCUGACACAUGUUCGUCUCCGUCAGGUGACUCGUUCAAUUUUAAAGCUGGCUUCAAGGAGUGUGCUCGCGUUGUACGAGAAGUAUUGCGCCAUCAACAACAGCAGACAGUUGAAGAAAACUUACUCAAAAGAAUCAGCUGGCAUUUAGAAAACUUCUUGGCAAAUAUAGAUCCUGAUCAGAUCCAGCGAAAAUCCCCCUCACUGUCAUUGGGAAGCGAUUCCUGCUCUUCAUUUGAAGAAAAGGACAUGCUCGUGUCUUCUCCCGAACUUCUCCCCCAUCGAUCUUCACCUGUAAACCAUGCUCUAUGUUCGUCAUCAUCAGCUUCAGAUGAGAGCCAGGAUUCAUGCCAUCGACGAUCUUUUUCAAACAAAACAAAUUGUUUUGAAUUUACGUCAACACCGAAUCCUUCCCCAGUAAAUGCGCUUAGGACUGAUAUUGCAUCAACUCGCUGGACUUGCGGUUUCAAGUCCAUUCCUCAUGGGUCACCAGAUUCAAUGGCUGAUAACUGGAAUCAAAGAACAAAUAGCCAGUUGACAAGACACAGGAUUAUGCCUUCUUCGAUGCCAUCUGAGAGCAAUGGGAAGGCGAAUGAUGCCAAUAACACCGACCUGUGGACAUGCGGUUUCCUUGCUACCAGCACCUCUCCACCUGGUAGCUCAUGCAGUUCCUUAGUCUCCUCUCCCACUCAGUAUCACUAUGCACCCGAAAUUAUACGUCGGCGGGGAGUUAGUCCGUAUGAUGAUCACAUUUCAUUCUCUUUGCCAAAACCAGAGGCAGAAAAAUCAAUGGUGUGGAGACCUUGGUAACACAUUAUUUUCCUUACCUAUUUUCAUCCAAUCGUGUGACAUUCCGUCUAUUUCCAAUAUUACUAUGAAAAUAGUCACGUGUCAUCCUUCUCGUACUUAUCAAAUAACAAAGUUGUAUUUAUUACUGCCCCAAUGUUAUUUUUAUUUCUUCUUUUCACAAAAGACAAAGUCAUUCCCUGGCUCAUUCCUCGUGAUGUGUAGUUGUUCUAGGCAAUGUAUAUAAAAAGCGGAAAUAUACAAUCGCAUAAAUAA